GCCGCUGCCGGCCCCAUGACGGGGCGGGCCCUGCCGGAUCGCGGCGCUUGGCGAGGGCCGCGGGCGGAGCCGCCGCCGCCGCCGCCUCCCCCUCACCGAUCGCCGGCCCUGCCGGUGGUGGGGCCCGCCAUGGGGCUGUGCCUGCCCUGCAUGGGGGGUGCCGUCAAGGACGUGGUGGAAACGCCCGACCCGGAAAUAAAAAGAAGACAGCUAGCAGAAGCUGCUGAAAAGAGGCAGAUGGAGGCUUCCUCUCGAGGUAUUAAGAACGCUUACUCUGUAGAGCAAAAGAAAAAGAAACAGGAAGAAAUAGAAAAAAGAAUUGCAGCUUCAGGUUCUGGAGGAGAAGGAGGACUGAGGUGGCAGGUUGGAUAAAGAAGUAUGAAUUCUGAAGAGAAGAUGAUUGAUGUUUACUGCCAAUAACUUGCCAGUUUCUGCAGUUGAGUGGCACUUACUCAUCAUGUGGCUUUUGCUGUUUGCAUAUGAAGACUCAGCAGUACUUUGCCAUCGUGGGAGAAGAGAUGUGGAAACAUACACUAAGAAACUUAAGAACUAACUCUGAACACUAAGUUUUGGCCAAUUUUUUUGUUUGUUUUAUGUGCAUGUUUUAUUGCUUCCCUGUCAAGGGAGUGAGAUGGGUUUUCUCACGUGGAAGUGACCUCCUUACACGUAGUCAGUCAGUAUGCGUCUGCUGUCUGGUCAGUUGGUGUAUGUAUGUCUGCGUAUGACUGGCUUAGGCACAGCUCAGGUGCCCAUGUGUUGUUUUUGACGCUUAUUUCAAGCUCUCCAAUUAAACUUUUCUCUAAGUCCUCAUGUAGAAAGUUGUUCAUAAAUAUAUAUAUUUGAAUAUGUGGGUGACAGCAUUUCUUUUCGGUUUCCUAAUGACUUUUGAACUGCUUUGGGAUUUAGUGCCUUUUUCAAAAAAGAAAGCAGAUUCACAGCGGGUCCUUAGAAAUCGAAGCAUUUUGUCACACUAGGUAAAAAAAUAGAAACCUUUAUAAACCCUGUACACUUAUAGCAAGAAAGCUGUUUUAUUAUGAGUCUAAUAAUUGUUCUCAUUUUCUGAUGUGGAUUUCUUUUGAGUCUGUAAGUAUUUAUAAUGAAUACCGGAAGUUAAACAUUAAAUUAAAGAUACUGUUA